CUUUACUAAUUUACUUUAGAUAGUAAUGGCAUUCUAUGUUUUUGAUAUAGUAUACUAGUAGUUAAUGCUGAGCAUUGAUGUCAAUUCUGGGUAACCCUUUACAAAUGGAACCCUUUUGUAAAGGGGUUAUAAUCACGCUAUUAACAAUUAUUGAAUAAUUUGUAAAUGCAUUAUAAGCAGUUAAUAAACAGUAUCACAUUGGUCAAAAUAGUGCAAUAACUAACUGGUCAGUGUUUGCCAAUUAGUGAACAAAUAUUUACCUCCAGCUAUUAACCAUUUAUAAAUGCGCUUACAAAUACUUAUAAGAUUAAACCUUAUGCAUCAUCAUGCAACGUUAUUUUCAAUAGUUGCAUAGUUGAACAAUAGUUAUUUCCUCACUUUUGAGUGUGAUGCAUUGGUGCUCUGUCUCAGGAACAGAAGAGGUUGGUUUUCAUGAAUUGUCUUGACCCACCUUUGAAACCCAGAUGCCCAUGUCAAAUUUACAUCCAGGACAUUAUUCAAUCAUAAUUUCUAACAUAUUGCCAUUUAACAGAUGAUAUCAACACACUUACCACUUCUCUGUGAUAGUCCAAGUAUGUUGAACGCUCUGGUGUGAAAUGGUAACCGUAAUACCUUUGGUUUGUGGAACAUUGGAGGAGGUAUCCUCACAAUGUUGAGUGUUUUGGCCUUCAUACCCACCAUUCAUUGACUGAACAUGUUUAACAAAGUGUUGAAUCUUCUCGUGUAUGUAGUGAUGAGUACCCAAUACUGCCUGUAAGUAUGGCUAAGUUCUGAGUGAACUCUCAAAUCACCUAUAAAUGAUUAAGGCCUAAUACAUUUAUUUAAGUUGACUGAUUUCCUUAUAUGAACUGUAACUCAGCAAAAUCUUUGAAAUUGUUGCAUGUUAUAUUCUUGUUCAGUAUAGUAAGAACAAAAUGUAAUUUAAUGGAAGGAGACAUGAGGAAAACAAUUAUUAUUGCAGUGACUCAAGACGGUGGUAGCCUAUCGUUGGUAUAGUGAGUAGCCUAGCUAAUUCGGAUUAAAAGGUGAUAUCUUUUUUUCUCCCCUUUUUAACACUACAAGUCAGAAUAGAAAUUGAUAACAGUUAACUAUUUAAAAUACAACCUAGGGUCUCAUGGUCCCCUUCUGUGUCUUCAUCUGUUCAUUUGUGUUGGAGAGGAGGAAUUUUGACAUUUUAGUACUCUAGCUACACAACUCUAUCAUUAUCAUGAUUUAUACCAUUUAGGCUUAGCUAGUUAUGUUAUCCACUGCUAGCUGAAAAUAAUAAUAGAGGCCAUGCAAUUCAAUACUCAGCUUUAAAACAAAAGCAAUUUAGGUCAAAAUAAUUCAUAUUAACAAAGGAACUAGAGGGACUAACAGUACAGAUGGCAAUAAAAUCUGUACCAUAGAAGAAAACCAAAAGAAAUUGAGGAACUUAUUCAAGAAGAUCAUGUGUAAUAUAUUAUACAAAUAAAGAGAACUGUAUGGCAUAUGGGGGAAAAUGCCCCAAAUAAUUUUGUGAUUAUCUACAUAGAAAUGUACUGAAACUUGCUACAAAUUACGGAGUCACCCAUGAUUCACCAAACAAUAUUUUGAAAGAGGAAGAAAAGUAGCUUAACCAUAUAUUUUCAUUUGUCUCCUCCAUCUCCACUAACCGAAGUUAAUUGUAAGGAUUUUUUCCCCUAUUAAUAAUGUAAAAUUAACAGCUGUACAGAAAUACUCAUGUGAAGGCCAAAUUACAGAGGAGGAACUUCUUGAUGCAAUUAAAGCCUUUAAGUCUGGGAAAACUCCAGGGCUGGAUGACAUACCAGUUGAGUUAUACCAUACCUUUUUUGAUGGACUCAGAUGACCGUUAUUAGAAUGUUUUAACCAUUCCUAUAAAAAUAGUAGAUUAUCAGAUACUCAACAGGUUCUUAUUUCAUUAUUACUGAAUCAGGACCCAAGUGGUAAAUAUAAAGAUCCAGUCCAUUAAACAAAUUGGAGGCCUCUUACACACAAAUUCUAACAAAAUGUAUAGCACAUAGAACUAAAAAGCUAUUGUCGAAUAUUUUUCAUCCUAAUCAGACAGUUUUUUUUUACAUGGACGAUACAUUGGAGAUAAUAUAAGACAAGUACUGGAAAAAAUAGAACACAAUGAAAAAUAUGGGAGACCAGGCCUGGAAUUCAAAGCUGACUUUGAAAAGGCUUUUGAAAAAGUACGGUUGGCAUUUAUAUAUAAAUGCCUGGAAUAUUUACAUUUUGGAGAGUCUCUUCUACAAUGGGUUAAAGGUAUGUGUGUGUGUGUGUGUGAAGGGAGUAGUACACAGCGUUGUACGAGAUCUUCAGUUUCUUGGCAAUUUCUCGCAUGGAAUGGCCUUCAUUUCUCAGAACAAGAAUAGAUUGAUGAGUUUCAGAAGAAAUGUCUUUGUUUCUGGCCAUUUUGAGCCUGUAAUCGAACUCACACAUGCUGAUGCUCCAGAUGCUCAACAAGUCUAAAGAAGGACAGUUUUUGUUAUUGCUUCUUUAAUCAGAACAACAGUUUUCAGCUGUGCUAAUAUAAUUGCAAAAGGGAUUUCUAAUGAUCAAUUAGCCUUUUAUAAUUAUAAACUUGGACUAGCUAACACAACGUGCCAUUGGAACACAGGAGUGAUGGUUGCUGAUAAUGGGCCUAUGUAAAUAUUCCAUAAACAAUCUGCCGUUUCCAGCUACAAUAGUCAUUUACAACAUUAACAAUGUCUACACUGUUUUUUUGAUCAAUUUUAUGUUAUUUUAAUGGGAAAAAUAAUUUGCUUUUCUUUCAAAAACAAAGACCCCAAACUUUUGAACGGUUGUGUAUGGAUGGAUGGAUGGUAACCCUAGGUGUAAAAUAGUAAAUAAUGUCUACUUCUCAGAAAGUAUUAAACUGUCAAUAGGAUUAAAUAAAGGUUGUCCACUAUCGCCAUAUCUAUUUAUUAUGGCCAUCGAAAUGUUAGCUAUUAAAGUCAGAUCCAACAAGAAUAUCAAGGGUCUAAAAACAAAGGUGUCAUUGUACCCUGAUGAUUCAUGUUUUCGUUUAAAUCCACAAGUUGGAUCUCUCCACAGCCUCAUAGAGGAUCUAGAUACUUUUUCUAACCUCUCUGGAUUAUAAAUGUACUAUAUUACAUAUUGGAUUACGAAAGAAUACAACUUUUACAUUACCGGGUAGUUUACCAAUAAAAUGGUCUGACGGUGAAGUGUACAAAAGCUGAAGAACAUGGGCACAUCCAGGUACUUUCCACAGGUGCUGGAGUUGUAGGCAAACUCAUGGAAAAUAGAAAGCAAAAUGCCGCACACUGUUGCUCCUGCUUCCAGAUGAUAUUUAUUCACGUUUCAUCAGGCUUCCAUAUCCCAGGUGGGGGUGGAAGGUCAUAUAUAUGUAACUUCCUGAAACAGGUGGUAAAAAAAAUGUAUAACAUAGUAUGAAAAUAUGUGGGCGUACUCAGUAUUCAAUGAUCUCACUCCCAUACCUUUUAAUUUAAAGUUAGCAAAAAUAGAUAUGAUCUUGCUACUGUGGAAAUGAAAAUACCUGUCUAUUUGUGUUUACCUAUUUGCUUAUGGCCUUGCCUACACCUAGCAAUUUGUUGUUUUUUACUAUCUGAGCAAAAAAUAUUCAAUUUUAUUUGGAAAGGCAAGCCAGACAAAAUUUAAACAGACCUAGUUAUGUAAUGAAUACGGACUCGGAGGGCAGAAAUGAUUAAAUAUUAAAGCAUUAGACCUCUCACUAAAGGCUUCAAAUGUUAUACUUAAAUCCAAACUGGUUCUCUAGCAGAUUAGUAAGAAUGCCUCACCACAUGUUCAAGAAUGGCCUUUUUCCCUUUAUUCAGAUUACAACCUCGCACUUCGGUUAUUUGAAAAUGACAUCUCCAGAAUAUUGCUAUUUUUAUGUCUGUUUAAUUACUGCAAAAAUGGAAGAAGUAGGUGGAAGGGGGAGAACGUAAGGAACUUGUCUGUCGGCCCUACAUUAACGACCACAAUUGGUUAAAGAAAAUUGUGAUGAAUAUAAAGUAUACCAGUUUCAUGAAAGGACCAAGAAAUUGACAGCUGUGCCAUAUAGAUUGCAAAGUAUUUGGGAAGAGAUUUUCGAUGUACUGAUUCGAUGAACUAAUACACAAAACGACACUGGAUUCAGAACUUUGUUUUUCUAUUUAAAUUAUUAUACAAAAUUCUUACAACCAAUAUAAUGUUAUAUGGGGGAUACAACCAUCCCAGCUCUGCAGAUUUUGUUGCAAAGAGACACUCAUUAAAUCAUUUUGUUUUGGUACUGUCCAUAUGUAGCUUCAAAUCAAAUUUUAUUGGUCACAUACACAUGGUUAGCAGAUGUUAAUGCGAGUGAAGCGAAAUGCUUGUGCUUCUAGUUCCGACAGUGCAGUAAUAUCUAACAAGUAAUCUAACAAUUUCCCAACAACUACCUUAUACACACAUCUAAAGGGGUGAAUGAGAAUAUGUACAUAUAAAUAUAUGGAUGAGUGAUGGUCGAGCGGCAUAGGCAAGGUGUAAUAGAUGGUAUAAAAUACAGUUGAAAUCAGAAGUUUACAUAAACUUAGGUUGGAGUCAUGAACUCGUUUUUUAACUACUAAAUUUCACGUUAACAAACUAUAGUUUGGUCAAGUCGGUUAGGACAUCUACUUUGUGCACGACACAAGUAAUUUUUCAAACAAUUGUAUAAAGACAGAUUAUUUCACUUAUAAUUCACUGUAUCAAAAUUCCAGUGGGUCAGAAGUUUCCAUACACUAAGUUAAAUGUGCCUUUAAAACGGCUUGUAAAAUUCCAAAAAUGAUGUCAUGGUUCUAGUAGCUUCUCAUAGGCUAAUUGACAUAAUUUGAGUCAAUUGGAGGUGUACCUGUGGAUGUAUUUCAAGGCCUACCUUCAAACUCAGUGCCACUUUGCUUGACAUCAUGGAAAAAUCAAAAGCAAUCACUCAAGACCUCAGAAAAAUAAUUGUAGAUCUCCACCUCCAAGUCUGGUUCAUCCUUGGGGACAAUUUCCAAAUGCCUGAAGGUACCACGUUCAUCUCUACAAACAAUAGUACACAAGUAUAAACACCAUGGGACCACGCAGCCGUCAUACCGCCCAGGAAGGAGACGCGUUCUGUUUCCUAGAGAUGAACGUACUCUGGUGCGAAAAGUGCAAAUCAAUCCCAGAACAACAGCAAAGGACCUAGUGAAGAUGCUGGAGGAAACAGGUACAAAAGUAUCUAUUAUCCACAGUAAAACAAGUCCUAUAUCAACAUAACCUGAAAGGCAGCUCAGCAAGGAAGAAGCCACUGCUCCAAAACCGCCAUAACUACGACUACGGUUUGCAACUGCACAUGGGGACAAAGAUUGUACUUUUUGGAGAAAUGUCCUUUGGUCUGAUGAAACAAAAAUAGAACUGUUUGGCCAUUAUGACCAUCGUUAUGUUUGAAGGAAAAAGGGGGAGGCUUGCAAGCCGAAGAACACCAUCCCAACCGUGAAGCACGGGGAUGGCAGCAUCAUGUUGUGGGGGUGCUUUGCUGCAGAAGGGACUGGUGCACUUCACAAAAUAGAUGGCAUCAUGAGGAACGGGAAUUAUGUGGAUAUAUUGAAGCAACAUCUCAAGACAUCAGUCAGGAAGUUAAAGCUUGGUCGCAAAUGGGUCUUCCAAAUGGACAAUGACCCCAAGCAUACUUCCAAAGUUGUGGCAAAAUUGCUUAAGGACAGCAAAGUCAAGGAAUUGGAGUGGCCAUCACAAAGCCCUGACCUCAAUCCUAUGGAACAUUUGUGGGCAGAACUGAAAAAGGUGUUUGUGAGCAAGGUGGCCUACAAACCUUACACCAGCUCUGUCAGGAGGAAUGGCCCAACAUUCACCCAACUUAUUGUGGGAAGCUUGUGGAAGGCUACCCAAAACGUUUGACCCUAGUUAAAUAAUUUAAAGGCAAUGCUACCAAAUACUAAUUGAGUGUAUGUAAACUUCCGACCCACUGAGAGUGUGAUAAAAGAAAUAAAAGCUGAAAUAAAUAAUUCUCUCCACUAUUAUUCUGACAUUUCACAUUCUUAAAAUAAAGUGGUGAUCCUAACUGACCUAAGACAGGGAAUUUUUACUUGUAUUAAAUGUCAGGAAUUGUGAAAAACUGAGUUUAAAUGUGGCUAAGGUGUAUGUAAACUUCCGACUUCAACUGUACAUAUGAUAUGAAUAAUGGAAGAUAUGUAAACAUUUAAGUGGCAUUGUUUAAAGUGACUAGUGAUCUAUUUAUUAUAGUGGCCGGUGAUUGGGUCUCAAUGUAGACAGCAGCCUCUCUGAUUUAGUGAUUGCUGUUUAGUAGUCUGAUGGCCUUGAGAGAGAAGCUGUUUUUCAGUCUCUAAGGUCCCAGCUUUGAUGCACCUGUACUAACCUCGCCGUCUGAUCUUGAUGAUCUUGUUGGCCUUCCUGUGACAUUGAGUGCUGUAGGUGUCAUGGAGGGCAGGUAGUUUGCCCCCGGUGAUGUGUUGUGCAGACCGUACCACCUUCUGGAGAGCCUUGCGGUUGAUGGCGGUGCAGUUGCGGUACCAGGCUGUAAUACAGCCCGACAGUAUACUCUCGAUUGUGCAUCUGUAAAAGUUUGUCAGGGUUUUGGGUGACAAGCCCAAUUUCUUCAGCCCCCUGAGGUUGAAGAGACGCUGUUGCGCCAUCUUCACCACACUGUCUGUGUGGGUGGACCAUUUCAGUUUUGUCUGUGAUGUGUACGCCAAGGAAUUUAAAGCUUUCCACCUUCUCCACUGCUGUCCCUUCGAUGUGGAUAGGGGGGUGCUCCCUCUUCUGUUUCCUGAAGUCCUCGAUCAUUUCCUUUGUUUUGUUGAUGUUGAGUGAGGUUGUUUUCCUGACACCACACUCCGAGUGUCCUCCCAUCCUCCCUGUAGGCUGUCUCGUCGUUGUUGGUAAUCAUGCCCACUACUGUUGGGUCGUUUGCAAACUUGAAGAUUGAGUUUGAGGCGUGAUGGGGGCGCUGUAUUAUCCUCAAUGCGGGCAAAGAAGGUGUUUAGUUUGUCUGGAAGCGUGACGUCGUUGUCCGUGACGUGGCUGUUUUUGAUUUAGUCUGUGAUUUCCUGUAGACUAUGCCACAUUCGUCUCGUGUCUGAGCCGUUGAAUUCCGACUCCACUUUGUCCCUGUACUGGCAUUUCUCUUGUUUGAUUGCCUUGCGGAGGGAAUAACUACACUGUUAAUAUUCAUCCAUAUUCCCAGACCUCUUUCCAAGGUUAAAUGCGGUGGUUUGCGCUUUCAGUUUUGCGCGAAUGCCGUCAUCAAUCCACAGUUUCUGGUUAGGAUAGGUUUUAAUAGUCAGUGGGUACAACAUCUCAAAUGCACUUCUUUGUAAACUCACUCAAUGAGUCAGCGGAUAGAUCGAUGUUGUUAUCUGAGGCUGACCGGAACAUAUCCCAGUCCGCGUGGUCAAAACAAUCUUGAAGCGUGGAUUCCGAUUGGUCAGACCAGCGUUGAAUGGUUCUAGUCACUGGUACAUCCUGUUUGAGUUUCUGCCUAUAGGAGCAAGAUAGCGUCGUGGUCGGAUUUGCCGGAGGGUGGGAGGGGGAGGGCUUUGUAUGCAUUGAGGAAGUUAAAGUAUCAGUGAUCGAGUGUAUUACACCCGCGCGUAGUGCAAUCAAUAUGCUUAUAGAAUUUAGGUAUCCUUGUUCUCAAAUUUGCUUUGUUAAAAUCCACAGCUACAAUAAAUGCAGCCUCAGGAUAUAUGGUUUCCAGUUUACAUAGAGUCCAGUGAAGUUCCAGGAAAGGCCGUCUUGGUGUCUGAGGGGGAAUGUACACAGCUGUGACGAUAACUGAUGAGCAUUCUCUUUGGGAGGUAAUAUGUAAGGAAUUCUAGGUCGGGUGAGUAGAAGGACUUGAGUUCCUGUAUGUUUUUAUGAUUACACCAUGGGCCAUUAAUCAUGAAGCAUACACUCCUGCCCUUCCUCCUCCCAGAGAGGAGUUUAUCUCUGUUGGCACGAUGCAUGGAGAAGCCCGGUGGCUGAACCAAUUUCGACAACAUAUCCUGAGAGAGCCAUGUUUCUGUGAAACAGAGAAUGUUACAAUCUCUGUCUCUCUGGAAGGCAACCCUUGCUCGAAUUUCAUCUACCUUGUUGUCAAGAGACUGGAGAUUGGCGAGUAGUAUACUCGGCAGCGGUGAGCGACGUGCACGUCUACGGAGCCUGACCAGGAGACUGCCCCUUCUGCGUUGCCAUUGUUUUGGGUCGGCUUCUGGGAUUAGAUCCAUUAUCCUGGGUGGUGGUGCAAACACAGGAUCCGCUUCGAGAAAGUCGUAUUCCUCGUAAUGUUGGUAAGUUGACGUCGCUCUUAUAUCCAAUAGUUCUUCCCGGCUGUAUGUAAUAAGACUUAAGAUUUCCUGGGGUAACAAUGUAAGAAAUAAUACAUAACAAAAUACUGCAUAGUUUCCUAGGGACUCGGAAGCGAUCAUCUCUGUCGGCGCCAUCUUGUUUUUGGUUGUGGUUUCAGGAACCGCUGAAGAAUUGCAACUUCUACCUGGAAUUAACUCUGCAAAUAGCACUGCUGGGUGAUUUUAAAAAGUCAUAGUCAAUUAAUUUAAUAAUACUUUAGUAUGUAGAAUCUAUGAGAAUAGAAAGGUUCAGAACUUUUGUGAAACAGCACAAUUAAAAAAUAUAUGGAAACUAGAAAUUAAAACUGGAUGGUGUUCAUUGAUCGAUGGAAGGGGUUCAGUGGAGCUGAAGGAUGGGACUAAAAACAAACAAAAUAUAACUAUUGUAAAAUAAACUGUGUUUGUGAAAUGUAUAUAUAAGCUGGAAGUAGAAGCCUAUGUGUUUUCCAUUAGUUUACUCCAGUUAAGGGUGGGGUGGUAGCGUUAGGGGAAAAUAAUAAAGGAACAUCUAUUAAAAAAAUAUGUAAUAAUAAUGUUUACCAAAAACAUAUAUGGGGGAUUGGAAAUGAUGCACACUAUUAUAUUGAUGGAAGCCACAAUCUAUCUGUAAUUUUAAAGCUGAUCUACCCCCUGAUUUGUAUAUAUAUAUUUUUUUUAUUAUAAUAAUAGCUAGCUAGUGUUUAAUAUUACUUGCUAACACUAAUAUCUAACUACCAGAUUAAAGGGGUUAUCAAAAAUUUUGCUAAUACACUAGCUAAUAGUAAAUUAGUCUUAAGUGCAAUAUGCAGAAAUCACAACGCCAUUUCCUAGUUGCUCAAAUUUUAAUAGUUUGCCUAAUAUCAGUUUGUGACAAAACAUGCAGUGUAUGUAUAGUGUAGAGAAUCAUUGUACCAUCUAAACCGCUGUGAAAUAUAUUUUCAGCUGUUUUGAAGUUGGUGUACAAAACCGAAAGUAAAAGACGCGAAAAUGAAAUUUUAAGAACAGGAAGCAUAAAAUGACCUCACAUAAAACAGCUCUACUGCCUCUUAGACCUGCUUUCAAUGGUGGAUUGGAACUUUUCGGGAGUAUUUUUGGCUAACCAUCCUUUUCAUAUUCCGAAUGCGCGUACUUGGUGUGGCAGCAGAGGAUGUUUGGGACAAUGAGCAGAGUGAGUUUGUAACACGGACCAGCCUGGGUCGCCCAAAUCUCCCAAAAAAUUCAGAGUCACGUGUGCUGACAAAGGAUGCAAGCUAGCUAAUUUACCAUCUACCUAGCUAGAGACAACUCGCUAACUACCGUGUUAAUCCAAUAACGCUAGCUAAACUAAUUCCAGGGAAAUUCUGCCCUGUUGAUGUUAGCUAGGUAGCAGCUAGUUUGCCUGCUAUAGCGAAGCUAACUUUCCAGCAAGCGUGACUUACUUAGCUAGCUAACUAUAUUAUGCCAAAUAUCUUGUGCUAAAUCGUCUUGCAUAAAGUUUUACCUAAUGCUAACUAGCUAACAUUUCCUAGUUAGCUAGCACGAUAGCUAGCUACUUUGCUAGCUGAGCAGCUGAACUUCUGUAUCCAAAAGUGAAACAAAUUGCAUAGAGAAUUUAUCCUCUGUGUCGUCAUUUUUAUCUUGUGAACAGUUUUAUUUCGCGCAAUCUUUUCCGUCUGGGCACACGUCUCAUAGCCACAUCUAUCCUGAUUCUUCACGACGCACUGUAACGUCAGUAUCAACACAUUCUGGGCAUGUUCCAGAUUGUCUUUAUUUCAAGUGUGCUUCACAGACGGGCAGAUCUCACAAAAUCGGGCAGUUCUCCGAAACCAGCGAACCAAUAAUAUGGCUUGAGAUGUUCAGACGAGGCCUUCAUUCCUGGAAUAGAUAAGUGUACCAAUGCAUCAUCAUGGUUUCAAAUGUGGGGCAAGACACAUCAUGGGAGUUGACCAUUGGUGUGAAAACCAAACAUUUCUGUUCCUGGGACAGAACAACAAUGUAUCACACCAAAAAAUUGCAAAGCGAUUUUCCCAACUGAUGAAGCUUUUUAAGAAGAAGGAGAAGAUGGCAAACUGACUUCUGAUUUUUUUUUUUUUCGAUGAAGAUUUCACUUACUAGGCUCCUUAUACUCUCAGACUUUUCAAGGUCAAGACUUGAAUGGCCCAUUUUUGAUGAAUGAGUGGAAGCCAAUCUGAAUGUGAUGCCUGUAAUUAAUGGACUUGGAACUAAUGAACACAGUCAACUAGAACUCCAACUGAAAUGUGUUUUUGUGCUGUGGUCAAUAAGGAUCUGAAUAUCCAUGCGGUAAAAUCCACACAGGCUUAAAUAUACAAUGUAUUAUCGCCCCACAGCCAAAAUGAAUACAACUUGUAUAAACUGUUUUGAUACGUCUGUUGAUUUAGCAGAUUUCAAUGCACUGGAUUUAUUUUUCUUCCAUUUUUGUGUUGAAUCUAAUCUACCAUAUUGAUCCUGAGCAAUAUCCCAUCUCAACUUCACAACUCUUAAUAUGCCCUAGCAAGGUUAUACCAUAUGAGGAGUUAAACACUUCUGCAAUCAUAUAUUUAAUCAAGUAAUUAACCAAUUUUAGCUGUAAAUAACAGAAUGGUGAAUAACCUAAUGCUUUUAUCGAGCAUUGUGCUGCUUGUACAAAAUUUGUACUAAAGUUAUGUAUGCUUUUCUACUUCAACAUAAUCUGGGAGUGUUUGGAAAUAAAGAUUGGAACUACAAUUGAAGUGACCUUUACUCUGUCACGUGGCAGAAAGUGCAUUUUACUGUAUUAUAUAUGGCAUUGACUUCAAGAUGGUCAGUUAAAUGAAAAAAUAAGCCACAGAUGUUCCAUUUUAGGUAUGAUUCAAGGUCUUACGUUUAUAGAAAUUAAGAAUUUUACCAAGUACACAUUUCUUGACUGCUUAGAUUUUUGGUUGGUUGAUUUUGGUUUUGGAUGGUUGUGAAUAAGUGACAACAUGGUUAAGAAAUAUACGUUGUGUAGCCUAUAUUGUACAUAUUUUGUUUUUGAAAUAAAGUUUAUUUAUUUAACAUGGUUUUGAUUCAUGAAAAUGUUCAAUUUCACAUAAAUUCAAUAACUUCACUUUAACUUACCACCCAAAUGAAUACAGCAUAUUUUAGGCACAUUCUCAACUGCUGCUGAGGUUUUAUAGAAAAGAGCAGCAUAUCUUCCGGCUAAAACGAAACGCUUAAUGGUCAUAGUUCAACACACCUAUUCUCACAGUUCUAGCUGUCAUGGGAGAGGUCAUUAAUAAUGAAUCCUUCUGGGGGGCAAUGUUUCAAAGUAGUACAUGCUCUAAUAUACAUAUCCAGAAACUAUUAUGGGAAUUGAAGUCACUGCCUAAGGGUUUACUUGCCUUAGCUCACCACUGCUAUAACCUCGAACUUCAUUCAACUUUAUUUCAGAGUGAUUGUAAGGACACAUUCUAUUUAAUGAUAAAUCAGGGUAAUGGAAUGGGAUCAUGAGGUUAGAAUCCCAUUUGGGUGUAUUGUUAAUGGUGGCUAUUGCAACCACACAGUACCAUGCAAUGUAAAAUGAAGUGUUUCAUACAUUCCCUAAGGAUUUAUUUUCCUGUUUCAAAUAACUGAAAAUUAUUAAAUGGUUAACUAAUUUUCAGGAAUCUAAAUGGCCUCCUAAAUAUCAAUGGCAACAAUGUGAAUUUGUUCAAAUUGUGUCAUCUGUUAAGCAUGGAAUUCAUUACAUUAACAGAACUUGGUCAGCAGGCUUGGCGAGACUAGUCCAAUACCUGAAAUAGUUAACUUGGGACAUGACUCAUUGAUCAUUCUGUCUGGCCCAAUUGAUUGGUCCCUUUGACUUGGUCAGUUGAAUACAAUUAGUUGUACUACACAUGCAGAUUUAUAUCAUAUCCAAACAUAAUCACAACCUAUAGUACAAAUAUUUGAAAAGUUUAAAUAGCAUGCAUUUGACAUGUAUUGAUGUCCAGAGCUUGGCCAUGAGAUGGUUGGCAGUAUUGGUAACAUGUCCUACUGUGUCUGUGUGGUGUCCUGCUGUCAACAAUUGUGUGGUAAAACUAGCCCCAGGCCAUUGUCCAGUCGCUUGGUGGAUCGAUCCUCGCAUUUUAUGAGUCCUGCUUGCAACAGAUUGGAGAGACACUCACUGUAGCUAUGCUCAGAGAUGGGUUGCCUAUCUCUUCAAUCGGUGGAAACAAACGUUUAAUUCUACCAAAUAAUCCGUUCUUUCUGAAGCAAGUGGAACACACAACCUAGUUGAAAUGUAAGUUAAUUCUAACUCUUAAAUCCUUUGAUGUUUUAUUUUAUUUUGCCUUAUUGGAUCAAUCAAUUUAGUAAAAAGCAAUUGUUUUGCAAUCAUGAAAAAUAUACACAGUAAACCUUUAUGAAAUAAUUGCUUAUACUGUAAGAUAUUUAUGUUAUACUAUGGCCCAGUGGAAGUUAAAUCGUUAUUUAGUAAUUUUUUUUACAGCAUAAGGAUAUGUGAAACAGAAGAUGGGGGAUUGGAACUUGUUGGGGAGUAUCUUAGAAGAGGUACAUAUUCAUUCAACCAUUGUGGGAAAAAUCUGGCUAACCAUCCUUUUCAUAUUCCGGAUGCUCGUACUUGGCGUGGCAGCAGAGGAUGUUUGGGACGAUGAGCAGAGUGAGUUUGUGUGCAACACGGACCAGCCUGGGUGUAAGAAUGUGUGCUACGACGAUGCAUUCCCCAUUUCUCUUAUCCGAUACUGGGUGUUACAAAUCAUUUUCGUGUCCUCUCCCUCUCUGGUGUACAUGGGACAUGCACUGUACCGUUUAAGAGCCCUUGAAAAAGAGAGACACAAAAAAAAAGCUUUCCUGAAAGCAGAGCUAGAGGGCGCUGAGCCCAUUCAUGAAGACAGACAGAGGAUGAUAGAGAGGGAGCUGAGGAAGCUGGAGGAACAGAAGAGAGUAAGGAAAGCUCCACUCAGGGGCUCCUUGCUUCGCACAUAUGUUUUCCAUAUCUUGACGAGGUCGGUGGUGGAGGUUGGCUUCAUAGUGGGACAAUAUGUACUCUAUGGCAUUGGGCUGGAUCCUUUGUACAAAUGUGAGAGAUUGCCUUGCCCAAACAGUGUGGAUUGCUUUGUGUCCAGACCAACUGAGAAGAACAUUUUCAUGAUCUUCAUGCUCGUCAUCGCUGGGGUUUCUUUGUUCUUGAAUCUCCUCGAGAUAUUCCACCUGGGAGUGAAGAAAGUCAAACAAAGUCUGUAUGGAAAUAAAGGUGCAGAUGAUGACAGCAUAGUAUACAGGUCCAAGAAAAACUCCAUGGUCCAGCAGGUGUGUGUCCUUACAAACUCAUCUCCCCAAAAGAUGAUGCAGUUCACUCAGACAGCUUGCACAAUGGAUGCUGUCCCUUUGUACAUGCCUUCAGUAGCUCCUCACAACGAUGGUGGUGGCACCAACGGUUCAGAGCAGUACCCUAGACAGCUGGGGGCCGUGGAGCGCUGCUACACCCUGGACCAGAGGGACCACUCAUGCAGCAGUGAUGACUCCAACGGGCCUAAAGGCUCAGGCCAAACUAGGCACGACGGAGCACAGCCACCGCCUUCACUCAUGGCCAGCCAUAUGGAGAUACCAGCAGCCCUGCAGAACCAGCUGCGCAAACAGAGCCGGGUCAGCGCUCUGCAGGACUACAGUGACAUGAGUGAUUCACCUGACAGUGACCACUAUCCCACGGCGAGGAAGGCUAGUUUCAUGUCCCGGGGACUCUCUCAGACCAACCUGGCCAGUCCUCCUGAUAGCCCUAACUCCGGGAGUGGGGCGGACACAGAGGCCAAGCGUAUCGCCCAAGGAGAGAGCCCACCUAUGACCCCGCCUCCAGCCAGUGGGCGAAGAAUGUCAAUGAGCAUGAUUCUGGAACUGUCUUCAAUCAUGAAAAAGUGAGAACUGGCUGAGGGACCAGAAGGAUCUGGGUGGGGACCCUGAUCGCAAAGCGACACUUCCUUCUAAUUGCCUAAUUGUAUUCAUAAUAACAUAUGUAUAGAGCUCGCAAGUUUGUAAUCCUAAAAACUGGAAAAUUAGUUACCACUGUUUCGUUCAGCCAUUCCUAUGGGGGAAAUGAAUAGGGAAAGAAUGGGGCUUUAGGAUGAACACCGAAAAUAAGGUCUUCGUAGCUCUUCUACGUUUUUGUUCUAUGAGAUAAUAUCAGUCAGUUAACAUGACCUUUUUGAAUUAUGAACCCUUUAUGUGCUUGUUUUGAUUACAUAAAUGCUUCGAAAUUCACAAAAAGUUACAGCUGUUGAAGAUGAUCUCAUAGAACAAAAUGUUUUAGACCUACUAAGCUUGUGUUUAAUACAGACCUUAUUUUCAGGCAUUUAUCCAAAAUGCCUCAACAAAAAAAACACAUACAUUUUCCAAAAGGCUUUGGCCAACGAGCCAUGUCGGAGUUAGUUCCUACAAAAAGACGCCAUUACUAUUUCUCUUUAUUGUGGACGAGAAGUAAAUGCUUUAGUACAAUUAUGUUGGCAUGGGUAGUUCUAAUUUAAGAAAAAAUAUUUGUCACAUGCUAUCUUUGCGGUAUCAUAUUUAAUAUAAUUUUUGUGGAAUUUAUGAGUGAAAGCUACUUUUAAUGACAUUUUGCACAUUAAAAUGACAUUUGGCUUAAAGUGAGCAUGUUCAUAUGAUGAGACAUUGGCCUUCUAAGGAAAUUCUUACAUUUUUAAAAGACUCAUGGCUUGUGAUCGCUAAUACACUUAAAACACUGUGGGAUAUGAUAACCUCCACUAUACAACAUUUUUGAAAGCACUUUGAUAUCGUUUACUGUACAGAAUGAUGAUAAAGUUGGAGAUAGGUGUCUUAUUUUUAACAAGUUGCUGCUUUUAAUUGUCAUUAAUUAAUCAUUGUAUUAUUCAAUUUAUUGACAAUGACUAUCAGUAAAAUGUUGAAUCAAAUGAAUAAUGUGCUUUAAUGAUUGGAAAAAAGAUCAUGGAGAAAAUAUGACAUUACUAUGUGCCCUAGAUAUCUCCAUGCUUAAUCACUGAUUUGUGACAACUGGUUCAGCAGGAAGAGAGAUUACUAGUUGAAUAUGCUGUGCAAACAUUUUUCAAAAUCAACAAAAUGUGAAUUUAUUAAUGAACCAUUAUAUGGAUGUUUUUUCUCAAAAAUACAUUAUCUUCAACACUUGUCAUCUUUCUUGAUAUCGUUGCUGGGUUUUUCACGCUCAACAGUUUCCCGUGUGUAUCAAGAAUGGUCCACCACCCCAAGGACAUCCAGCCAACUCAAUAUUAGGAAGGUUUUCUUAAUGUUUUGUGCACUCAGUGUACAGUAAGAGUAUGAUUGUAUAAAAUUGAAUGACAUACUGUUUUACAGUUUUAUAUAUAUGAUGAAGGAAACAAAAUGUCUUUGGAUUUGCAGAUAUAAAAAAUGACCAA